GAAGCGGAAGUACAGUCGAGGUUACGCGGGGUUCCAAAAUGGCGGCUCUCUCCUCGUUGGUGUCCGGCUGCGGGCAUCUGUUCCGAGGGCUCCUGGCGCGCUCAGCCGCAACCAGCUGGACUCAGCUACCGGCUCGCGGGCUCAGGGAAGUGGUGGAGACCCAGGAAGGGAAGACAACUAUAAUUGAAGGCCGUAUCGUAGCAACACCCAAGGAGAGUCCAAACCCUCCUAACCCUGAAGGCCAGUGCCCCAUCUGCCGCUGGAACCUGAAGCACAAGUACAGCUACGAGGAUGUGCUGCUGCUCAGCCAGUUCCUGCGGCCCCACGGCGGCAUGCUGCCCCGGAGCGUGACGGGCCUGUGCAUGGAGGAGCACCGCAAAGUGGAGGAGUGUGUAAAGAUGGCCCACCGAGCAGGUCUGCUCCCGAAUCAUAGGCCUCCACUCCCCAGUGGAUUCGUCCCGAAGAGCAAGCCCAAGCUGAACCGCUACCUCACCCGCUGGUCUCCGCGUUCUGUCAAGCCCAUCUAUAAGAAGGGCCCCCACUGGAACAAGGUGCGCAUGGCUGUGGGGUCACCCCUCCUGAAGGACAACAUUUGCUACUCGGGCCGGCCUUUGAAGCUAUACCACUGACUUGUGCCACCCAGGAGGCCUGGCUCCUCCAGCAUCAGGGGCACUGGGGACAAUGGGACCACUUCAGUGCCUGGGCCCUGGGCAUUUGCAUUGGCCUCCUGACUGGCAUGGGCUAUGCCCAGGGCUGGAGACAGUUUUACCCCAAGGUGUGUCAUUCAUAAACCAGGCUCCUGGCCU